AUGGGCAACUCAUCGUCGAGUUCAUCGCGAAUCAACAAAAAAUCAGAAUCCAUGGAGAUUCGAAGCAAAUCAAACAGAUCUUCGGUAUCGGGCGAGUUCAACAAAAGCAAAAGCAUGAUGGACAUGAGCUCGAAGAGCUCGCGAAUGUCAACAUCAACGACGUCGAACACGUCAAGACAGAAGAGUAUCACCAGCAUCAAAGACAAAGACAGACCAAAAAGUGCGCGAGAGGCGAAGAACACAGACAUUUCCAGAACCAAAUCGAUGAAAAAGGACAAUCACCCAAUUUCUGCACAGGGUCGAGACAUUAUCUCACAGUGCUUUGAUAACCCACAUUCCGAAUUUGCUAAUAAGGUUGUGCAAAGAAUCUUCGAGAAACGCGAGGACUACCAAAAGUACAUUAUGAACCUGGGCAAGGAGCGAAGUGUCAUCGUCAAUAAUCGUCUGAAACAACUGGUCGAGGAUAUUGUUGCACAUAUCCACGACGCCGAUUUCAUUGAGAGCGUCUCCAAGCAAUACGGAGAGGAGCAUGUUGAGCUAAAACAGUACGGAUUCAAGCCCGACUUCUGGGUCGCCGUAGCGGAUGCCAUGACUCUAGAGGGCGUCAUUUUAGACAUGGCAAAUCAUCAGCCAGCCGACACCGUUUCCGCAUGGUCCUCCCUAGUCACAUUGAUCUUCUCGUCCGUCCGUGACGGCUACUAUUCGGAGUUGCGACGUCACCGUAUGAGCUCACGACGAACGCUAAAACAUCAGAGUACAGUGGAUUCAAGAGAGGAAAAUAAUGAGCAAUCCUCAUCCUCCGCACCAAACGGGGUCGCUACCACUGCAGCUGGUAUGCUCGGACAGCGAGACCAUUCCAAGAGUAUACCAGUUCACAUGUCGGAGGAACUCACUCCACGAAACAUCUUAGCGAGCUCCCGACGAGAAACUCUCCGAAGCGUUUCCACUUAUUCCACAGACUCCACAUCUCAUUCUCAUUCCGGCAGAAGAAAUGGUUCUGAUGCGCCAUCCACUUCAUCCACAUCAAGCAACGUGAUUCGUCGUCCGAUCUUUGAAUAA